UUGGAAUCUGAAAAACAUCUGCAGAAACAAAAAAUUCCAAUGUUGAUCCAAAGUUUCAGACCAUGCCACCGCAAACAGAUAAAAAAAUAAAAAAAAAAAUUCUCACCCUCCGCCAAUCCACACUUCAAAGUCAAAUUCUUUUAACUAACCUCCGCUGUUUAACAAAUUUCAACUCCAUUCAAUUUUGCCACACAAAUCCAUAAGCAAAACGAGACGAGAAAAAAAAAAAAAAAGCAUUUUUUCAAAGAAAGAUGAAGCUCCAAACACGAGAGCUUCUUCUGCUACACUCCUUUGUCUUCUUAUUAUCCACGAUUGCAGGAACCACCACCAUCUCACCAGGAUCAACGCUUUACGCUUCCAACACAACCCAAUCAUGGUCCUCUCCCAACAACACUUUCUCUCUCCACUUCCUUCCUCUCCUCCCUCCUUCCUUCACCGCCGCCAUUGUCUACUCCGGCGGCGCCCCCGCCGUAUGGUCCGCCGGAAACGGAGCCACCGUCGACUCCGCCGGCACCCUCCGCUUUCUUCCCUCCGGCAACCUCGUCCUCGUUAAUGGGUCGGGUUCCACCGUGUGGGACUCCGGAACUUCCAACAUGGGUGUCUCCUCCGCCACGCUUCAUGAAAAUGGAAACUUGGUUCUCUCCAAUGCCACCGGUUCAGUCUGGUCGAGCUUCGACAACCCCACCGACACCAUUGUGCCGUUUCAGAAUUUCACCACUGGUAUGGUUUUGCGUUCUGGGUUGUUCUCAUUUUCUGUUCUUAAGUCUGGGAAUCUCACUCUCAAGUGGAGUGAUAGUGUGCCUUACUGGGAUCAAGGCUUGAACUCUUCCAUGAGUGAGGCGAAUUUGAGUUCACCGGUUUUGGGGUUGCAACAAAGUGGGGUUUUGCAGCUUUUUGAUCACAAUUUGAGUGCCCCCAUUGUGGUUGCUUAUAGCAGCGACUAUGGUGAGGGGAGUGAUGUGCUGAGGGUUUUGAAGUUGGAUGGUGAUGGGAAUUUGAGGGUUUAUAGCUCUAAGAGGGGUAGUGGGACUGUGAUUUCAAGAUGGGUUGCUGUUGAGGAUCAAUGUGAGGUUUUUGGUUACUGUGGAAAUAAUGGUGUUUGUAGUUACAAUGAUUCUAGUUCUGACCCCAUUUGUGGAUGUCCAUCUCAGAAUUUUGAGAUGGUUGAUUCCAAUGAUAGUAGGAAAGGGUGUAGGAGGAAGGUGAGGCUUGAGGAUUGUGUGGGGAAUGUGGCGAUGUUGCAAGUGGACCAUGCUCGAUUCUUGACUUAUCCUCCUCAGUUUUUGAUCAAUCCUGAGGUGUUUUUCAUUGGUAUAUCAGCUUGCCGUGGAAAUUGUCUUGCUGCUGUUUCUUGUUUUGCUUCCACUUCCUUGUCUGAUGGAAGUGGACUUUGUUACUUAAAGACAACGAAUUUUAUUAGUGGCUACCAGAAUCCUGCUCUUCCUAGCACCUCCUACAUCAAGGUUUGUGGGCCAUUGGCUCCUAACUCGGCACCUUCGUUAGAGAAUGCGGGAUGGAAGGUGCAUGGUUGGUUAAUAACUCUUGUUGUUUUAAGUACUCUUUUGGGCUUCCUUGUGUUUGAGGGUGGUUUAUGGUUGUGGUGUUGUAGAAACAGGAAAGGAUUUGGAGGGUUCGCUGCUCAGUAUGCUCUUCUUGAGUAUGCUUCUGGUGCACCAGUUCAUUUCUCUUAUAAGGAGCUUCAAAGAUCAACAAAAAAGUUCAAGGAGAAACUAGGUGAUGGGGGAUUUGGUGCUGUUUAUAAAGGAACUCUUGCUAAUCAAACUGUUAUUGGUAAGCAACUUGAGGGCAUUCAUCAGGGAGAGAAACAGUUUAGGAUGGAAGUUUCUGCCAUAAGUAGUACCCAUCAUUUAAAUUUAGUGAGGCUGAUUGGUUUUUGCUCUGAAGGGCAUCACAGGCUUCUAGUAUAUGAGUUUAUGAAAAAUGGGUCUCUUGAUAAGUUUCUUUUUGUUAAUGAAGAACAACAGUCAGGGAAAUUAUUGAACUGGGGGUAUAGAUUCAACAUUGCCCUAGGUGCUGCUAAGGGAUUGACAUACCUUCAUGAGGAAUGUAGAAACUGCAUUGUCCACUGUGAUGUAAAACCUGAAAACAUUCUUUUAGACGAGAAUUACAAUGCAAAAGUGUCGGAUUUUGGCCUUGCAAAGCUCUUGAGUCCAGUGGAUCACAGGCACCGAACCUUGACAAGUGUGAGAGGAACCAGAGGGUAUUUAGCUCCCGAAUGGCUAGCAAACCUUCCCACAACUUCCAAGUCUGAUGUUUACAGUUAUGGUAUGGUUUUGUUGGAGAUAGUGGGUGGUAGAAGGAACUUUGAAAUCUCAGAAGAAACAAGUAGAAGAAAGUUUUCCAUCUGGGCUUAUGAAGAGUUUGAGAAAGGUAACAUCAUGGGAAUUAUCGACAGAAGACUGGUUAACCAAGAGAUCAAUUUGGAGCAAGUGAAAAGAGUGCUUCUGGCAUGUUUUUGGUGCAUACAAGAACAGCCAUCUCAGAGGCCAACUAUGAGCAAAGUUGUGCAAAUGCUAGAAGGUGUAACAGAUAUUGAGAGGCCACCAGCCCCUAAAGUCAAUAGCAGUGCCACUCCUAUCUCUACUAUUGCAACUUCAUCAGCUCCAACUUACUCCUCAUCUUCAUCUUUGUUUGCUUUUGAGGCCUCUCCCUUAGCUUUGGAAGGAGCACGGAGAACUUGACUUCAUCCCUUUAUAUGUCAGACCCAUGGCAUUACUCCUUCCACUUUUGUUACCUUAUGGAUUGUUUCUAGAUCAUUUGACUUGUGAUUUCUGUAUGUACUAUAUUCCAUUUUGCUCCUUUCUUGUACUAGCGUAUAUAACCGUCUGCUGUCGGAAAAUUGGGCUUGUGCCCAUUGGUGUGCAGUUUUAAACUAAAUGAAUGCCUAGUGCUUUUUCCAUGA